AUGCCAGCCCAGAGAGUGCAUCUGUUCGCACAGAACGGUCAUGUCACAUACGAACACAUGCAUCUUCCCAUAACCAGAAAGAUUUCGGCUCGAUGUGCCGCGGAAUUACCACCCAAUAUGGACGAAUCACAAUUGGAAGUAUUGGGCUCCAUCGGAACAGGUGCAUUUGGUCGAGCUUUGAAGGUGAGACAUCGGGAGCAUGGACAUUUACUCGUGCUCAAAGAAGUUUUAACAGAGUGCAAAGAAGAUGAAGCAGCUCUAGUUCGAGAGAUUUCCCUGUUAUGCAGUCUGAAGCAUCCGAAUAUCCUCAGUUGCAUUGGGGUGGUCACACGAAAUCGGAAAAUCUGUCUCCUCACCGAAUACAUCAGCCGUGGUUGUUUGCACAAUCUGGUCAUAGAUCCGCACAGAUACCCACUCUCUUGGUCCAUCCGAGUCUCGUUUGCCAAGGAUAUUGCCACGGGAAUGGUCGGUAGUCCGUUUUGGAUGGCUCCGGAAAUGCUCGCAGGCAAACCGUACGACGAUGCCGUCGAUGUUUACUCGUUUGGGAUAAUCCUCUGUCAACUACUGGCCCGAUGUGAAGCCGAUCCGGAUCACAUCCCACGUGAUCCGAACAGUAUGUCAGUAGACAUGAACCAAUUCCUGACUAGUGGUCUGAUUCCGGAUGAUCGACCGGACAUGCUGAUCGCGUUAGCAACCCGCUGCGUGGCAUUCGAUCCCGAAGAAAGGUGCGCGUUUCCUUACACUUUUGAUCAAUAA